CAUUUUUUCUCAGUCGGAUAAGAGCGGCUCGAGGAGCUGCAGCCCGAGCAACACGCGCCCACCGGAGCGCACAGUCUGCGUUUACGUGACUGAAAUUCACCCGAGAGCGAACAACGGCAACAACAACAACCGAGUAAGGGACGCGGUUAGGAUACAUACGUCCGUUGGACCGAGUUUUCUCCGGUUGUAGGGCGCCGUGUUUCCCACCCUACAGGGAGAAAACCCUGCGCAUUCCUCCACGCAGAGAGCCCGAGAGGGGAGCCGCCGACGGACGGACCGGGGGGCUGGAAGCGGCCUCUUCAGCGGUGAAUUCAGCCACACGGGCUGGGAAUAGACGUCCUGUCUGAUGCGUUGGCUUUACCGGAGCGUCGUGUGUGAUACCUCAGUGACCCAGGCCACACUAUGAGAUCGGUGCUUUGAUGAAUAAUUUACAGUCUCUCGGUCCGAGGCUGCGACUACCAAACGACCGUUGGCUGAGCCCGACGCCGCCUGACCGGAGCCCGAUGGUGGACUAGAGGAGAGACCACAACACACACGGGCCUGAAUUGGAGAGCAGAAAAUACCACAAAAGUAUAAACUGUUUGGUUCUCGACUGUGUCCUGCUUCUUAGCGUUAAGCUGUGUAGUCAUGUUGCCGAGUCGGUGGGGGAGGAGAGACGGAGCCCCCAGUACUUCGACGCCGAUCCAGUGUCGCUUCAGUUUCGGGUUUAUUUUAUGAGCUACAACGAAACACCAUCGGACACUUUCUGUCCACAGAAGAACCAGCGUCUGCCAUUUGUUACCUUGAUGAUCUCAUCUGAAAGAAGGACGAUCCACCCUAAAACGCCUUACUGAGCUGAUCUUAACAAGUAUUUUUUUCAUAAAUGAGAAACUGAAUAACUGUUUUGAAGAACUAUCUACCUCCUUGUAUUGCAUUCAGAUAGAACUAUAAAGUACAGAGAAAAAUUGAAGUCGAUUAGCACUGUUGAACUGAAUUCAAACACCUCAUGAAUCUACCUCAGCCACGACAUUAUCUUCUGUACAAUACAACGGGCCGAUGUAUCACCAAAUGAAUACCUCAACCUCGCUGCUGCUCGUCUUGUAAACUCAGCCUUGUUUCGCUGCAGAUGGCUUCGUUUCCAGACUCGGACCUGCAGACGUGUCCGCUCUGUAAGGAGUUGUGCGGCUCCUCUGCUCCCAUCUCCUCCAGCUCUUCUACCUCAUCAUCUUCCUCGCACACCUCGUCCUCCUCCAGCCAGACCACUAAGAGGCUCCACGUCCUGCCCUGCCUGCAUGCCUUCUGCAGGCAGUGUCUGGAGGGACAGCGGAGUCCCGGAGACCCGCUGAAGCUGCGGUGUCCCACCUGCGACCAGAAGGUGUCCAUCUCUGAGGCUGGAGUGGACUCCCUGCCUUCUUCCAACUUCCUCUUCAGCAACCUGCUGGAUGUGGUGGUGAGCUCAGAGGAGCAGAUCCAGAACAAGAAUGGCCACCACCACCGUGGAGGCCUAGGCGGAGGCUCUGCCUUCCAUCACCCCCAUGGAGGCCUGUUGCACCCACACCACCUGGGAGAGCCUCAGUGCAGCUCCUGUGAUGAGGAGAACCCAGCUACGUCCCACUGCCUUGACUGCCAGGAGUACCUCUGUGAUAACUGUGUGCGGGCACACCAGCGGGUGCGCCUGACCAAGGACCACUUCAUUGAGCGCCUGGGAGAGAACCUCCACCUCAGCCGGGUCAACGCUAACAGCAACUCAGGCCAGCCUGGGGUGUCCGUGUCCCUCGCCCAGUCCCUGCAGAACAACUUUGCCCUGCUGUCCCUGUUCCAGGAUCGCAUGAGCUUCUGCCAACAUCAUGACAGUGAGGUGUUUCUGUUCUUCUGUGAAACCUGCUCAGUGCCUAUCUGCAGGGAGUGCAGCGUGGGACGUCACAUGGGCCACACUUUCGUUUACCUGCAAGAUGCUGUACAGGACUGCAGGGCCAUCACCAUCCAACUACUGUCAGAUGCACAGCAAGGACGACACUCGGUGCAGCUAAGCAUGGAGAAGGUCCAGGCCAUGGCAGAGCAGGUGGAGAUCAAGGCUAAGGUGGUGCAGACUGAAGUGAAGGCUCUUGUCCUGAGACACAAGAAAGCAUUGGAGGAGAGGGAAUGUGAACUACUGUGGAAGGUGGAGAAGAUCCGUCAGGUAAAAGCCAAGUCUCUGUACCUGCAAGUGGAGAAGCUCCAUCAGAGUCUGACCAAGCUGGACAGCACCAUCGCUGCGGUCAGCCAGGUGCUGGAUGAGGGCCACCACCUUGACGUGCUGCUGGCCAGGGAGCGAAUGUUGACUCAGAUCCAUGAGCUGAAGGCCCUCAGGGGCCUGCUGCAGCCGCAAGAGGACGACCGCUUCAUGUUCACUCCUCCGGACCAGGCUCUGUAUAUAGCUAUCCAGUCCAUGGGCCUGAUCAGCAGUGGAGCCUUUGCCCCAGUCACCAAAGCCCACGGGGAAGGCCUGAAAACUGCAUUACGUGGCAAGCCUGCCUCCUUUUCUGUGGUUGGAUAUGAUCACGAUGGCGAGCCGCGUCUUUCUGGCGGGGACACAGUGUCAGCAAUAGUCAUGGCAGUCACAGACGGUAACCUGUCUGCAGCGGAGGUAACGGAUCACCAAAACGGCUCAUACACCGUCAGCUACCUGCCCAAAUGUGAGGGAGAGCAUCUUGUGUCUGUGUUGGUGUGCAACCAGCACAUCCAGGGCAGUCCCUUCAAGGUGAUCGUCAAGUCAGGGCGAAGCUAUGGGUCCCUUGGCUCCCACGUGUCAUCGUUUGGAUGUGAAGGGGAGGGAGAUGGUCAGCUGUGUCGUCCAUGGGGCAUCAGUGUGGAUAAGGAGGGGUACGUGGUGGUGGCUGAUCGUAGCAACAACCGCAUACAGAUAUUCAAGCCUUGCGGUGCCUUCCACCAUAAGUUUGGCUCUCUGGGCUCUCGGCCUGGUCAGUUUGAUCGUCCUGCUGGGGUUGCAUGUGACAGUCAGAGACGAAUUGUUGUGGCUGAUAAGGACAAUCACCGUGUGCAGGUGUUUACUUUUGAGGGCCAGUUCCUGCUGAAGUUUGGGGAAAAGGGUACCAAGAAUGGGCAGUUCAACUAUCCCUGGGAUGUGGCUGUCAACUCUGAGGGUAAGAUCCUUGUCUCAGACACCAGGAACCACCGAGUUCAGCUUUUCGCCCCUGACGGCUCUUUUCUCAAUAAGUACGGCUUUGAAGGGGCCCUAUGGAAACACUUUGACUCUCCCAGAGGAGUAGCCUUUAACCACGAAGACCACCUGGUGGUGACCGACUUCAACAACCAUCGGCUUCUGGUUAUCCGGCCAGACUGUCAGUCAGCUCGCUUUCUGGGCUCGGAGGGCACGGGGAAUGGGCAGUUUCUGCGGCCCCAGGGCGUCGCUGUGGACCAAGAGAACCGCAUCAUCGUGGCCGACUCCCGCAACCAUCGAGUCCAAGUAUUUGAGCCCAAUGGAAACUUCUUAUGCAAAUUUGGCACACAGGGGAGUGGCUUUGGACAGAUGGAUCGCCCCUCCGGUGUGGCUGUGACACCUGACGGAGUCAUUGUGGUCGUUGACUUUGGAAAUAAUCGCAUUCUCAAGUUCUAAAAAGUUUAUUUUUGCAUUCUCUCCCUCCGUUUGUCCUUUUUGCAGUUUUUCAGUGAAGGAAAUGGAGGCUAGAGAAUGAAUCAGCAGAAAGGAGGAGAGCUCAGAGAUGAUUGAGAGCAUGUUGAAAUGAAGGGAAAUUAAAACUAGAUUUUUUUUCCUCAUUUUCAUUAUUCUCUGAGUCAGAUAUGAGUGGUAUAUACAACAAAGGGGACCUCUACAAAUUGAUAAUCAGUAGAAAAAGAGCCAUAUUUCCCUUCCUUAGUGCUCUUAAUUGUCUCUGUCAGCCCUCCUUAAGUAUACAUCUCAGGGAAUUUCUCACUUCUUGAAAUCUUGUACCCUCUGCUCCAUACCUACCUCAUUUAGCUCUUUAUGAAUGUACUCAUAGUGACUGAGCAGAGGUUUUAGUCCGUGAAGUUCUACAAAGAAGAAAAGUCUACCUCUAUACUUUGUUAUUUAAGAGAGACAAAAAAGAAUAGACGCUUCAGUUAAUAUUUGCACAGGAUUAAUGGAAUUCUUUCUGUGCAUUUUGAUAUAUAAGUGAACCUCCUGAAUGUUGUUGCUGAGACAAUACUCAGAUCGCUGUAGAGGCUGCAUGAUUUAUUCCCAUUAGAAGGCUUCGCUCAGAGAGGAAACUACGAUACAGUAGUGUCCUUUUAUGUCUUUAGGCUAGUUAGUUUUUUCGCUUAUGCAUCAAUCCUCGUCUCUUUGUGGUUCUGUGGAGUUUGUAGUGUCAUGAUAGCCUAAGAAGACUGUGUGAAACGAUGCCAAACUUGAUAGAAUCAAAAGUAGCUCAGGUCACUGUAGAACUGAUUAGAAUUAGCAGUACUUUGCAGGUUCUCCCUCUAGCUUUACUGGCUAAUGCUGGUGUAAUGAAUUCUUUGAGAAGUACAGAUAUAAACUUCACAAAAUCAGCUCUAAAAUGAUCCCUGAAAUGAUUCCCAAGAUAAGUUCUGUAAUAGAAUUGUCCUAAGUAAUUGAUUGACCAUACACCCCAGUCCCCAAAUUCAUCUCUGAAGACUGGAUAAACUAAUUUUAUUUCUUUGCUAUCCAGUCAGUUAUGCAAAGAGAGCAGCGUCUUCUCCAAACGAGAGGACUCGCCAAAGGAUUUUGGAGCUGAAUAUUCUGAAAUCUUGACCUAUUAGUCAUCAUAACGUAGAGACUUAAUCAUAUAAUUGAAUGACACCUUUUUGAUGAGGCAUGCUGUGUGACAAAAGCCUCAGAAGUAGACACCUGAUUUGGCCGUCCAGAGGACAUUAAUGACAUCAAAUUAAAGGCCUAUCAUUACAAUCCUUUGGAUUUAGAUUGUGGUUGAAAGCCACUCCCUUUAGGCUCCUGGGGCCUAGAAUUUAGUCCAGUACAUUGAGAGGGUAAUAUCACAAAGCCCUGCCCUAUUUAUUGAUCCUUGGAGUUGAGGAGACACCUCCAGAUUGAGCGCUAGUAGACCUCUGAAGAUGGACAUCUACAGAGCAGUUACUAGAGUCAACCAAAGUUAGAAUUUCUGCACAAUGGCCAACUAUAGAUUUGGCAAUUAAAGAAACUAGAAAUCCCCUUUAAAACAUUUUCUUUAAUAAUCAUUGUCAUCGAGAAUUCUAAGUUCCUUAAACCCAUGGACUUGAGUUCAUACCUCUGUCUAUGUUAGGGUUUGAAGAGGAACGUGUGCUUAGGUCACAGGUUUUUGACCGAAGGCUGAGGCCCUGGCUGUGUGAGUGAAUUCUGAAAAUGGAUCCUUUUCGUAGAGAUGUUUGUGUAGAGAACAGAGGAUACCUGCACCAAAGAGAAACCCUUUCUCCCCCUCACAUUAAUUGCCUCAACUUAUCAAACAAUGCCACAGUUUUAUCAAUAUUAGGUGGCCCAUAGGCUCAAAGUAGCAUCUCAGAUUAGCCUUGUAUCCAAAACUAAUUUCCAUAGAAAGUGAUAGAUACUAAUUCUUUGUGGUGAAAGCAUAAUGGGGUUUUGAAUCCCCUUGCCCUUUGUUCAAUCUGUGUCCCACUGGAAGCACUAAGACAAUUAAGGUUCUGUUCGCCUCUUCCUUAGCCUGGCACAGGUUCUGGAGACCUAUGAAAAUAUUCACCAACAGGCUCUCAACUCUGAAGCGAGGGCUGUCUGCACAUGAUCAGGAUUUACAUCCUCAUAUCUCAGAUAUCCUUUUACCUCAAUGGUCGCUUUACCUCUUUUCUUAUAUACCUCAACUCCUGAAUACCUCAAAUAUUUCAUUCAUAGCUACUGCACAUUUAAACAUUCAAAUACCUCAACAUGUUUUUCAUUCUGAGUACCUUAUUUUUACUGUUUUUAUUUAAGCAUACCUCAUAGGAUAUUUAUACCUUACACAUAUACCUCCUCUUGUGUCACAGUACAGUGCAUGUCCUAUAGCUCAAGGACCAAAGAUCAUGGUACUAUUUUGAGUUGAAAUGAAAUUUGUAUUAUGGUCAUUGCUCCAUUUUUCAACCCUGAACUGCUUUUGGCUUGUUUUAUCUACUGUAAGCUGCCUGGUAAGUUAUGCCUUUUAUCACCAAAACCAAAUAUUUCAGAUGAAAGCAUUGUGCCAAAAUGAUCUGUGAGAGUUCUGUGCCAAACAGAGUUGGCAUUUGGACCAUGCUGUUGUAGACAACAAAUGUCACUGGACCAUUAUAUCAUAGAAAUGUUAAAUCAGAGCAGCUGAGGAUAAAUCCUCGUCCUCUGAUUGGAUGCACUUAAGAGGGCUGGGCCCUGUUUAUCUAUACCUCAUGAUGAUGAUGAACAUGCAGAUUCCACUUUGUUACUGUGCGCCAGGGGUGAUGGGGAAGAGGAGGCAGCCUCUUUUAAAGAGUUAAGGACUUCACAUGUCCACCUUUUGAGUGCACAUAAAUUACCUCUAACUUCAGCACGAUUUACCAAUAUUUCAGUGUGGAUUUUGGGAUUGUUGAUGCUGGUUGUGAAGGACUUUGAGAGAAGUCUAAACUCAAACAUUCUGAGUGUGGUUUAAACAAACACAUUGGAGGAUCACGUCUGAUGCGUGACAACAGGCUUGUAUGUUAUUUAAGUGGAGCUGUUAGCACAAGGACGGUGAGCCAGUUUGAGUCCACAGACCCUGCUGCUUUGACCGCAACUCCUAGUUUCAACCAAUAAGAUUGUUUUUGCUUUUCAGUAUUACUCUAUGAUAUGUUCAUUCAUGUUGCAUCAGGUUUUUAUUAAUUAAAAUUGCAGAAUUCUAUCUUUAAGAUCGUUAGGUCUUCACUCUUCAAGAGGAAAAACGUAUUUUAAACCUUUUAUUUUUAAUUUUGUUGCAUGCUUUAAAAAGUCCGUGUAUUAUACUGAUGUCUCCCAGAUAGGUGUUGAAAAAUUCAAAAGGGGUGGGUAGCUGAUUAUUGGGAUGGUUUUACCAAAAUAUAUACCCAAAGAUAUGUAUGUGUGUUUUAGGAUUGCUUUGGAUGGAAUUAACCUUUGACCUUUGCGAUUGUAUUUCCUGUUCUGUAGAGGCUCUGCAGACCACAACCUGUUCAGUCGGCUGCAUUUCGGUUCUUGAGGCACAAGAACCGAAAUGGGGGUGGCCCUUGACCAUUAGUGCUUAAUUUUCUUUAACUCCCUCUAAAAUUCGUAAAAUGUUAGGCAUAUAAACAGAUUUUUCUUUCACACUGAAGCCCUGUAUCUUUAGGAGGUAACAGCUUACUCCUAAACACUGAUUUCAAACGAUGAUGAAUCCAUAAGGCGGCCAUUUUGCGUUGGGCCUUGUAAUGGAAAACCAAGGCUGCAUUCCAGAUCACAUACUUUGUCUUUUUACUUUAAGUAUGUACAAUAGCAGCCUUAACAGAGUACGUACGGUUUACUUCAGUAUGCAUACAAUAGAACUGGACAUACUACUUUGCUGUAGUAUUGCGCCUUAUGGCCAUCACAGUCUGUAAUGCAAAGUCAGGACAGCCGGUAUUUUUGGCAUACUACAUUUGACAAUACUACCUGUUGGGGCGAACUAAAUCAUUUUCUGGCACACUAUAUAGUUUGAAAGUAUGGAUAUUGGAAUGCUCCCUAGGUUUCUUCAGCACAAACUAGCAAUCAUCUCCCCUCGUUGAAUCCAGGAAGUGUGGCAAUGGCUGCUUAAUACGUGAUCAGUUGACUGCACUCCUGCUCGGCGGGCUUUUUUCUUGUUUUUUUUUUUUUUUUUUUUUUUAAUCUUUUAUUGGGCCCCUGUGGUUGUGUCCACCAUUUUAUUUCUGGCCUCUCAUGACUUUAAGAGAGAGAAAAAAGCAAAGCUGCACCAGGCGACAUGUGCAAGGUCAUAGACCUCCUUUUAAAUGAUUGUAUACUCGAAAGAAAGAAGAAAAAAAGGUGGGAAAAUUUAGAAAGGAAAAAAAACAAAACUCAGGUAGUUCUCAGCAGCGUUGUGCUGCAGGUGUCUCAUUGAAACUUGUCUCGUAGUGAUGAUGUAGUGACUUUUUCCCCUGUUAUGACCUCUCAGUACUAGUCUGAUUCUUUUGUGUGUCCAAUUACAUAUUAUAAAACAAAUUAUUUCUCAAUCUGAAAAAUUCAAUUAGAUUAGUUUCCCCUGAUUUAUCUUUUAGUUGUUUUUUUUUUUUUGCCAAGUUUUGUUUUUUCUUUUACAAAAAAGUACAAAUACUUAACACCACUUGAUACUCAUUGGCCCUUUUAGAAUGUAUUUUGUGAAGAAAAGGGUUAAAUGGGAUCUUGUUGAUGCUCACUCGCUACCGACAGCUGCUGCAAACAUUACAAAACAGAACAGAGACCACGAACGUUUGAUGCUCCACAACAGUGAUACUUAAGAGUUUUAGGUGGAAACACACAGCUGUGGUGGAGCAUAUCGUGUUUGUUUAUGAACCAGUUUUAACAUCAGCCAAGAUGGAAGGUGUUUGGCCUGAGCUAGCUCAUCUAGUCUUUGUGUCCUGUUCUCCUGGCAGCAGGUUGCGUAGAGAGUGGGCGUUGUGUUUGUGCGCUGCAUCUGUGUUGUCUAAGCAGAAAUCCACUGAAUGUAUCCUCCUCACAGUCCAAGAGGCAGAGCAAAGCGGUGUGGCCAGCUGAGUUUAGAUGGCUGCUGCUGGUACUUCCUCAUCCAAGCCGCUGUGUGUGUGUGUGUGUGUGUGUGUGUUUAUCACUCAAACCUUCUGUGUGUGUGUUUGUGUGUGUGUGUGUGUCUGCGUUUGCCAGCACACCUUCCCGCCCUCUUUACACACACUCACACAUUGUGCUGAAUGGAAGUACAGAUGUCAGGUCUUCAGUCUAAAUAAGGCAGAGGAGACUAUAAUAUAUUAGCCACCUGCUGCUCUCUCUGUACUCUGUGGACUUUAAACAUUUCCUAUGCAGUUUUUUGGUUGUUUUUUGUUUACACUUAAAUAAAGUUGUAUUUCUUUGA